GCCAAACUAGAAGCUCCCAAAAAGUCCCUCGAUAGCAAGAACUAGCUUUGGCUUGCUCUGGGGUUGUUGCGGACAGGCAAGCGAAGCGAUUGCGGGACUGCGAAGGGGAAGCUUGAGAGCGAGGGAGGAGGACAAUGAGGGGUUCGGUCAAUCGGCCGCCAACGCCAGACGUCGACGAUGAGCCACAGAAAGAGCCGACACUUCAGGAAAUCAUCAACAUCAAAUUGAUUGAGAGCGGGGAGAAGGAAAAACUGAUGGAUCUCUUGAGGGAAAGGCUCAUAGAGUGCGGCUGGAGAGAUGAAAUGAAGACGCUUUGCAGGUGCUGUUUAUUUUGAGCUGCCCGUGGUUUUCCUGAAACAAUUUUAAUUUUAAUUUUAUUAUGUUUAUAUAUUGAAAAUAUAUCACUCAAACGCCUGCUGGUUAUGCUCUUAAGCUGAAUCAAGACAUUUUUUUUUCAAUUCUAGAAGCCUCUUGGUUUAUUUCAACAAUACAAGGUGCAGAAGAACUCGAGCAAAUAUUUCUGUCUAUGAUGAGCUUUUGAGGGUGAAAUAGAUUGGGAACAUUACUAAUUUUUACAAAAAGCUUUUGGUAUAAUAACACAGCUGUUUCAUUUCAUAUUGUAAAAUUAUUAGGAUUUAAUACAGCUGUUUCUUAAUUGUUUAGGGGUUUUAAAAAAGGUUGAUCUUAUCAAACAAUUGGUGCUUGGCUUGUUAAUUAGCUUGAGUACAAGUUGUUUGAUGACUAAAUGUGCUAAUCUUGAGAAAGGUUUUUUAAUACAUUUAUUAAAAGAACAUGAGCUAGAGAUGACUUGAUUAUGUCAAUAAGAGCUUGGUAUAAAUAAGUAUGCUUGUGUGUGGCAUAUGCAUGAGUAUAUACAUGCAUACACGUACACAAUAAUUGUUUAAUUUUUUUCUCAUUUAUUUUAUUGUUAAAUAUUAUCAAAUAACUUUAAAAUUCAUGAUGGACAACAUAUAUUUUAAGUUUUUUUUGUCAGUUAAAGGAUGUUGUUCAAUUAAAAUCAUAAAUCAUUUUUAAAGCCAUCACAACCAUUGAUUAAAUUUUUUUUUCAUGCAUAUGGCAACUUGGAUGCAUGUUUAAGUUUGGUUUGUAUUCAAUUCGAUAACAAAUGAGAGAACCACAAAUGAAAAUAUUUACUCAUCAAACUUGUGCUCAUUCAUGUUUGAUUAAUAGAUCUGCAUAUUAAGUAAUGACAUUUCAAUCAUUCACUUACAUUUAAUUUCUCAACUAUAUUCUUCACUUAUAUAACACAAUAAAUUAAAAGAUUCAUGUCAUGAUUAUUUGACAAAUUUUAUGCUAGCUAUUAAUUACUUAACACAACCCUUCACUUUUUAAUGAAGGUUAUGAGAAUACGAUUGACUUUAGUGACCUUCGCACCUUAAAUAAAAAUAAGAAUUUUUAUUUUUAUCAUCGUAUUAGUAAAGCCGAAGUUAUAGAGGCUUUAAAGAAAAUGAAAUAUGUAAAAGUAGUAGGGUCUGAUAAUGUUCCAAUAGAAAUAUGAAAAUGUUUAAGAGAUGAAGUAAUUUCUUGACUUACUAAAAUUUUUAAUAUUAUUUUGAAGGUUAAAAAGAUGCCAGGUGAGUGGAGAAAGAAUGUUGAUUCUUAGUUUUAAUAAUUAAGGUGAUGCAUAAGAGUGUGCAAAUCAUUGAGAAAUUAAGUUAAUGUGUUAUAUAUUAAAAUUAUGGGAGAAAGUAAUUGGGCAUAGAUUACGAUAUGUUGAUUCUUAUUUUUAAUAAUAAAGGUGAUGCAUAAGAGUGUGCAAAUCAUUGAGAAAUUAAGUUAAUGUGUUAUAUAUUAAAAUUAUGGGAGAAAGUAAUUGGGCAUAGAUUACGAUGUGAUACUAAUGCUUCUCAAAAUCAGUUUGGAUUCAUGUUGGGUAGGUCUGCUAGGGAAGCUAUACAUUUGCUGAGAGGUUUGAUGGAGAAGUACAAAGAGAGUAAGGAGGAUCUAUAUAUAAUAUUUAUAGAUUUAGAGAAAGCAUAUGAUAAAGUUCCAAGAGAAAUGCUCUGGAGAGUUUUAGAAAAGAAAUGAGUUAAUAAUUCUUGUAUUCAAAUUACUAAGGAUAUGUAUACAUGAGCUAUUACUAGUGUUCAAACAAAAGGCGGUUUGACCAAGUAUUUUUCUAUUUAAGUUGGAUUACAUCAAGGUUCAGCUUUAAGCCCAUAUGUUUUUUCUUUAGUCAUGGAUGUUCUUACUAAA